UGCAGUUUCUGCUCUUCGGACUGUUGCUCUGUUGGAAUGCUUCUGUGGGGCUAAUUCUGAAGCUCUAUAGAUAUUUUUUUAAGGACCUACUCAUUUGAGGAUGUCAGCGGCAUUUUGCAAGAUCUUUUGAGGAACAGGAAAGCAUCUGAAAUCAACCGAACAAGAUAACUGUGACGGUUUUUCAUUGUGGAAGGAAACUAUAUUGGCACGGAGGUAGCUGAUUGAAUAAAGUUGUUGGCUCAAAGAAGAUGCACAGUCUGCUGUUUUUUCCCUCUGAAUGAAGACUAUUUAAUGGAAGCUGUAUUCAUGUGGCGAUCAAAGGAAAUAUUGGAAUGAUAAACUGCUGGGAUUUUUUUUCCCUUUCCUUUUUAAUACAAAAACUCUGAAGCUGUAAUUUGAGCUCAAAGGUCUAAUUCCUUCGCAGCCUGCUUGUUCUAUUAGGAUUCUCCAGUAUCACCAUUUUUGCCUGUUAUCUGUGCCUUUUUGUUGGAGCAGCCACAGACAACUGCCUGAUGGAGAAAGAAUGAAAACUCCGCCUUGCUUAUAUUACCUAUUGGAAUAAAGCAGUUUGUAUUUCUUCUAUUAUAGGGGAAAUCUGGAUUAAUCAAGCUAUAUUCUUGUGCCAAGAGUCCUAUUGUCUCUUGUGGUCUGACUCAUCACAUGUAAAUGUACUGCAGCUUUGCUAUUAAUGCAGAGUGGCUUUUUUCCCCCCUUUUCUCUUUUCCCAAACACAGAAGGAAUUGUCUGUCAACCUCUGAGCUUUAUUUUCAGGAUUUGUGCUGAGCUCUCUUUUUGCCUGUUUGUUUCCUGAAUAAUGUCUUCAUUAAAUCAGUGAAGCUGAAGAAAUAAAGACAAGUUAGAAGUCGAAGCAGAAUAGUGAGAUUUUAUUUUUUAUUUUCAAUUAUAAAAGGAAGUCAGCCUACUGGUAACUGUAUGACCUUGCAGUCAAAUGUUGGGGAUAGCUGUGAUCAUCUCUUAUCAUAGCAGUCAUUUCAUUCUUUAUCUCAUGGUGGUGUGUUACCCCAAACAAUGAUUGUUUUGUACUAGUAAAUUUUACAGUGCAAUAUGACUGUUUUGGUAGGAAAAAAAUAUUUUAAAGUGAGCUUAUCCUGAACUGUUUUAAUGAUUGACAUAUUGAUGUGUAGUAUUUUUUUAUAUAUUGCAGCAACCCAACAUCAAAGAGUAGAAUUUUGUUAAUUUUUAGGAAUUUUAGAAAUUACAUAUCAUAAUUUUAAACUUGGUUUCUCUGAUAGCACUUAAUACUAUAAGUGUACUAUUCAGAGAAUGUUUGUAAGUGUUGUACAGAAGAGGAAGAAAAAUUACUUGUACCCUUCCAACUGUCACAUAGCUUGGAAUUUAAUGUUUUAAAAGAGCGAAUGAGUCGAGUGUGUAUUGUUGUCUUGGAGGAGGUUGAAGAUGAUUCUCCUGAGUUCAUUUCUAAAUUGCCACAGGAAAAUAAAUCCCUACAUUCUUCACCUUCUGGAAAUGUAUUGCCAUCAUUGGUGCAGGCUAUAUUUAAUGGAGAUCCAGAUGAAGUUCGAGCACUGAUAUUUAAGAAAGAAGAUGUCAACUUUCAGGACAAUGAAAAGAGAACACCAUUACAUGCUGCUGCCUAUCUUGGAGAUGCAGAAAUCAUUGAACUGCUUAUUUUAUCUGGAGCUAGAGUUAAUGCCAAAGACAGCAAAUGGUUGACACCUUUACACAGAGCAGUUGCAUCUUGUAGUGAGGAAGCAGUUCAGGUACUUUUGAAGCAUUCUGCAGAUGUGAAUGCUCGAGACAAGAAUUGGCAAACUCCUUUACACAUAGCUGCGGCUAAUAAAGCUGUGAAGUGUGCAGAAGCUUUGGUGCCUCUCCUAAGCAAUGUAAAUGUAUCUGACCGAGCAGGAAGAACUGCAUUACAUCAUGCUGCUUUCAGUGGACAUGCAGAGAUGGUCAAACUGCUCUUAUCCAGAGGUGCCAAUAUUAAUGCUUUUGACAAGAAAGAUAGGCGUGCUAUCCAUUGGGCGGCAUAUAUGGGUCAUAUAGAAGUAGUGAAAUUACUAGUAGCACAUGGAGCUGAAGUGACAUGUAAGGACAAGAAAUCUUACACACCUCUUCAUGCAGCAGCCUCUAGUGGAAUGAUCAGUGUAGUCAAGUAUCUUCUGGAUCUUGGAGUUGAUAUGAAUGAACCAAAUGCCUAUGGGAACACACCUCUUCACGUGGCCUGCUAUAAUGGACAAGAUGUUGUUGUGAAUGAGCUCAUAGACUGUGGUGCUAAUGUAAAUCAAAAGAAUGAAAAAGGAUUCACUCCUUUGCACUUUGCCGCUGCAUCAACGCAUGGAGCACUGUGUUUAGAACUUCUAGUUGGCCAUGGGGCUGAUGUCAAUAUGAAGAGUAAAGAUGGGAAAACCCCACUGCAUAUGACUGCCCUCCACGGUAGAUUCUCCAGAUCACAAACCAUUAUCCAGAGUGGAGCUAUAAUAGACUGUGAGGACAAGAAUGGAAACACCCCUUUGCACAUAGCAGCAAGGUAUGGCCAUGAGCUGCUAAUCAACACUCUCAUUACGAGUGGUGCUGACACUGCAAAGCGUGGCAUCCAUGGAAUGUUCCCCCUUCAUUUGGCAGCCUUAAGUGGUUUUUCGGAUUGCUGCAGGAAACUUCUUUCUUUAGGAUUUGAUAUAGAUACCCCAGAUGAUUUUGGCAGGACCUGUCUACAUGCAGCUGCAGCUGGAGGGAAUUUGGAGUGCCUAAACCUCCUGCUCAAUACUGGUGCAGACUUCAACAGAAAAGACAAAUUUGGGAGAUCACCACUGCACUAUGCUGCUGCCAACUGCAAUUACCAGUGCCUGUUUGCUCUUGUGGGAUCAGGAGCAAGUGUAAAUGACCUUGAUGAAAGAGGCUGCACACCCCUGCACUAUGCAGCUACAUCAGACACAGAUGGCAAGUGCCUGGAAUACUUACUAAGAAAUGAUGCAAAUCCAGGGAUCCGGGACAAGCAAGGAUACAAUGCAGUUCAUUACUCAGCUGCUUAUGGUCACCGUCUAUGUCUUCAGCUGAUUGCAAGUGAAACUCCUUUAGAUGUUUUAAUGGAAACCUCGGGGACAGACAUGUUGAAUGAUUCAGAUAAUAGAGCAACAGUAAGCCCUUUACACCUAGCUGCCUAUCAUGGUCACCAUCAAGCACUGGAAGUGUUGGUACAGUCUUUGUUAGAUCUGGAUGUGAGAAACAGUAGUGGAAGAACACCUUUAGAUCUUGCAGCAUUUAAGGGCCAUGUUGAAUGUGUGGAUGUACUCAUUAAUCAGGGAGCUUCGAUCUUAGUAAAAGAUUACAUUUUGAAGAGAACACCUAUCCAUGCAGCAGCAACAAAUGGUCAUUCCGAAUGUUUACGGCUGUUAAUAGGAAAUGCAGAACCACAGAAUGCAGUAGAUAUUCAAGAUGGAAAUGGACAGACACCUCUUAUGCUGUCUGUUCUCAAUGGUCACACGGACUGUGUAUACUCACUGUUAAACAAAGGAGCAAACGUAGAUGCCAAAGAUAAAUGGGGACGGACAGCGUUGCAUAGAGGGGCGGUUACAGGCCAUGAAGAAUGUAUAGAUGCAUUACUUCAACAUGGUGCUAAAUGCCUACUCCGGGAUAGUAGGGGACGGACACCUAUACACCUGUCAGCUGCCUGCGGACACAUUGGUGUUCUGGGAGCCCUUUUACAGUCAGCAGCAUCUAUGGAUGCAAAUCCAGCCAUAGCAGACAAUCAUGGAUAUACAGCACUUCAUUGGGCUUGCUAUAAUGGUCAUGACACAUGUGUAGAACUUCUUUUAGAACAGGAAGUUUUCCAGAAAAUAGAAGGAAAUGCUUUCAGUCCAUUGCACUGUGCCGUGAUAAAUGACAAUGAAGGUGCUGCAGAGAUGUUAAUUGAUACACUAGGUGCCAGCAUUGUGAAUGCCACAGAUUCAAAAGGAAGAACUUCUCUCCAUGCAGCUGCUUUCACAGACCAUGUAGAAUGUUUACAGCUGCUGCUCAGCCAUAAUGCUCAAGUCAAUUCUGUGGACUCCUCUGGGAAAACACCCCUCAUGAUGGCUGCAGAAAAUGGACAAACAAAUACAGUUGAGAUGCUGGUUAGCAGUGCUAGUGCUGAUCUGACUUUACAAGAUAACUGUAAAAACACCGCCCUCCAUUUGGCUUGUGGCAAGGGUCAUGAAACUAGUGCCUUGUUAAUACUGGAAAAGAUUACAGAUAGAAACCUCAUCAAUGCAACCAAUGCAGCCUUGCAAACACCUUUGCAUGUUGCUGCCCGAAAUGGGCUAACAAUGGUGGUUCAAGAACUUUUGGGAAAAGGAGCAAGUGUUCUCGCAGUAGAUGAAAAUGGCUAUACCCCAGCUUUGGCAUGUGCUCCCAAUAAGGAUGUAGCUGAUUGCCUGGCUCUCAUUUUGGCCACCAUGAUGCCUGUCUCAUCAACUAGCCCUUUGUCCUCCCUGACAUUCAAUGCCAUUAACCGUUAUACCAACACCUCAAAAACAGUGAGCUUUGAAGCCUUGCCUAUCAUGAGGAAUGAACCCAGUUCCUAUUGCAGUUUCAACAAUAUUACUGGGGAACAGGAGUACUUAUAUACUGAUGUGGACGAGCUCAAUGACUCUGAUUCUGAGACCUACUGAGAGGCUGAGCCAGAGGUCUAAAGUUUUGACACUAAAGCUUCAAACUGUGCUUUUUCAGGAAAAAAAGAAAAGCACUUUCUUAUUAAAGAUACAAGUUGAACCUAAGAAGAAAGAGUUCAAACAGUGAAAGCGUGUAACACAUUGGAUGCCAUUAGGAAGAAGAAUUCUAAAGGCAAGUUUUGCAAAAGGAACCUCUGGAAUCUUGAUACUGACUUGACCAGAGGAAAACACAUUGAUGUCAAAGUGCUUUAUGGAAUUGUUUGAUUUGGCUUUACAGUGCCAGAAAUAAUUUUGUUGGGACACUGUGCUCCCUAAUCUGCUUACACAGCAACACUACUGUAAGAGAAGAGGACACUAGAUUUAAAUUUUAUCAAUAAAAUUACAACUAAUUUUAAAGGCAAUAAAAGUUUGGUACAGUAGACAUUAUGGCACAUCAAAUUGCCAAAGGACCAAAUGACUUAAAGAUUUUUAUAAUAGAAGGCCAUUUUGUGGAAACUGGAAUAGGUGAAAUGGGACAUUUACUAAACCAAACUUCACUAUUUGCAAAGGAGGCUGAGAUUUGAUUUAAAUAUUGAUUUUUAUAAAGAAAACAUCUGAAAGCCUUCCAAUACUGUAUUAAACCAUGAAAGAAAGCAGGUGUAUUUUUACAUUUUUUUUUCUUUUACAUAAAAAAUUUUGAAGUUCCAGUUUUUAUAAUAGAAUUGAAAACCAGCUGACUGGCGCAGUAUGGGUGAAAAUACUUGUGACAAAGAUAGAUUGAGAUCAGGCUCUUGCCCAUGUUUGAAUGGUUUGGGUUUAAAAUCGAACUAUUUUUGUUUACGAAGGUAAAGAAUUUAAUACACAUAAAUUUGUGAAAUCGAAAACUCAGUUAUUUCACCCUAUUGCAGCUAAGUGGUCCUGGGAGUGGAAUUUUCGGGCUCACUACUUCAGAUGGUACACCCAUGUCACUCAGUUACUUAGUGCCUCCUCACUAGGUUGGGGGAUUUUUGUUGUUGUCACUUUAAUUUUUGAGUUUUAAAAAAGUGAAAUAUCAAAAAAUUCCUUGUUAUUCUUAAGCUAAACAUCUUCAAGUCUCUUGGAAGGCAUUUCUGUGUUAAAUGAGAUUAAAAAUGCUCAAGCCUUUAGGUCUUACUCAGAUUUCGAGUAGCAUGUUUGGAACUGGUCACUAUUUGGAAAGAGAAAGCAAUUGCCUGCCAAAUUGAAGACUACUUUUUAAGUAAUAAAAGAGAAAAAGCUGACAUGUAAACUUUUAAAUAACACUUUCUGUGGUUCUGUUUUUUACUGUAACUGUCACUUUCCCAGUAAAAAUGACUUCACUUAUAUAGGCAGUCUUACAGGUCUGGCUAAAGUUCCAUAAAUUACAUGAAACCCAAUUUUAUUUUAUCCUUUUGUAUUGUGAAACUGGAAACUUGAUGACAUUGUAAAUUAUCAGCUGGUUUUUCUGAAUAUAAAGUGUGAAAACACAGAACAGUAUUUUGAUCUAUUUGAUAAUUUUGUGGGGUUUUUGAAGAAUUAAUGAGCAUGUACAUAGAAAUAGUGACUGCUUGAAUACUGUAUUUACUUGCACUCUUUCAGUACAUCAAGAUUCCUGUAUAUUUUAGAGUAUAAUAAAACACAGAUGUGAGUUGUAUUUAAUAAAUAAUGUAUUUGUA